AUGUCGGAUGGAGCCCGUGAAAGACAGAUUGUGCAACAAUCACGGCAUGCAUUGGGCCAGACCACUCCUCAAGCCACAGUAUCUCUAUAUCCAAUCCGACAUAGACGGGUCGAGCAGAUCGCGCCAUACAGCACCACAGCGCCGCAAGAUAUACCUGUUCAAUCAAUUGAGACUGGUGCUGCUUCUCCGAAUUCGCUCGAGUCUCCAGCCGGUCCAACACGCAAGGUUGUGGCUCGCCGCAGCCGCACACGUACCGCCACCCCUGAACCGCCACCUGUACCAAGUGCCAGCGCGGAGUACAAACGAAAAGCCGGCUUACCACCUGCACGCAGGCAGACACCUCAAAAGCUCUUGGUUGUGCUUGAUCUCAACGGGACACUCCUCGUCAGACCGAACCGGCGGCAACCCACAAAGUUCAAGAUCAGACCAGGCGUCACACAGUUGCUGGAUUAUCUAUUUGACAACCAUGUUGUCAUGGUCUAUUCCUCGGCCCGACCGGAGAAUGCAGCGGGCAUGGUGGCAAACCUAAUCCACCCAAAGCAGCGGCAGCUGAUGGCAGGCGUGUGGGCCAGGGACAAGCUAGACUUGAACAAGGCACAGUACAACAGCAAGGUUCAGGUGUACAAGAAACUGCACAAGAUCUGGGCGGACCGCAGCAUCCAAGCAAAAGCGGAGCCUGGUCGCAAGUGGGAUCAGAGCAAUACAAUUCUCGUGGACGACAGUCAGUUGAAAGCGCUUGCUCAGCCGCACAACUUGCUGCAAGUCCCGGAGUUCGAAGACAAUGCUCCCCGAGAAGGCGGCGUCGCCCUACGAGACUGGCAGCUGAAGGAACAGGCGAUCCUCCAGUCUUUGGAGCAGAAGCUCGAGGAACUCAAAUGGCAAGUCGACGUGUCGAGGCUGAUCCGAGACUGGCAGACCGGAAAGCAACACGCGCCAGGCGUUGUUGAUGAGACGGUCGAUCAGAAGACCCAUCAGAGCCUUCAACACCGAGAACCUCUCAGUCCUACGCCGAGCGUCGGUCAACCGGACACUUCUCGGCAGUAUUGGCAGAGUCCGUCGCAAUCCGUUGGUCUGGAAACCAACCCGACCGAAACCGAGACAUCUUCUGAUGCGGAUGGCGGGGUCGAGGCUCAAAACAAAUCCGUUCUCGAUGCGUUGGAGGAGGAGAUAGAUCGCAGUCUACAAGUCGAGCACGCGGAUGCGAAGGAUCAGCGGCGCAGUGAGUCGCCCAUCGACGAGAAUGUUUGGAAAGAGAUUCUGAGUGGCGGCCAAAAGGAUGAUAGGCAGAGGAAUAAAGGCUCGCUCGGCAAUGUCCCCCCUACACCGGAGAGCAUGGCUGCUUGA